UUUUUUUGAUAGCAAUAUUAUCAUUAAAAUAUGAGUUUGGUGAUCAUUAUCAAAGUUGUUUUGGAAUUUCGAUUUUUAAGGGGUUUUUUCUUUUGAUUUUUGGGUUCGAAUUUUUGUUGCUAUUUUCGAUUUUCGAGUUUCAAAAAUUUUUUCUUCAGAACAUAUUUGUUUAAUAAGCCACUAAUUUUAUUUUUUUAAAGUCCUCUUGACGUUGCCACUAAUUUUUAAAAAAUUUCUCUUGACUUUUUUUGAUAUUUUAGUAAUUUUAGAUUUGUCCGCAAAUCUUUCUCAAGCAAAAAUUAAAUUAAAAAUUUAAUUAAAAUAUUCAAAAAUGGAAAAUAAAACUAAUUUUCUUUAAUUUAAAAGGAGGCGGAAAGACAAUGUUAAUGGAUAUGUUUUUACAAAAUAUCUCAAUAGAAAGGAAAGAACGUAUUCAUUUUCAUCAAUUUAUGCAACAAUUUCAUAAAAAUUUACAUUUAUUAAAAAUUAAUUCGAAAGACGGGAAAGACCCAAUCCCUCAAAUUACUAAAGAAAUAAUUAAUAAAUCGAUACUUUUUUGUUUUGACGAAUUCCAAGUUGUUGAUAUUGCUGAUGCUAUGAUAUUGAAACGUUUAUUUACUGAAUUAUUCGAUUUGGGAUUGAUACUUGUUGCCACAUCAAAUCGUCCUCCAAAAGAUUUGUAUAAAAAUGGUCUUCAAAGGCAUCAAUUUAUUCCUUUUAUCGAAUUAAUUGAGAAAAAAUGUCAUAUAAUUUCUCUUGACUCAGAAAUUGAUUAUAGAAAAACAUCUUCACAAGCAGAAGGAAUGUUUUUUGUUGGAAAAUCUGUUGAAAUUGAAAAUAAAAUUGAAAUUGUUGGUUCAAAAACAAUAAAUAUUUUGGGAAGGGCUUUAUUUAUUGAAAAAUGUUGUGGACGUAUUGCUUAUUUACAUUUUGAUGAACUUUGUGGAAGACCUUUAAGUUCGAACGAUUAUAUGGCUAUUGCUAGGGUUUUCCAUACAGUUUUUAUUAGACAAAUUCCAAUAUUAACCCAAACACGUUUAUCAGAAAUUCGCCGUUUUAUAACAAUGAUUGACACAUUUUAUGAUCAAAAAGUUAAAGUAAUUUGUUCGGCUGAAGUGGAUUUAGAAAAUUUAUUUCAAAUUAAUAAACAAACAGAAUUAAGCGAUACUCAAAGAAUAUUAAUGGAUGAUUUAAAAAUAAAUGAACUAGAGGUUGUUAAAAUUUAA